AGCCAGAAGGAACUUAAUUUGUGUCUAAUCUUCUGCCUUAUCUUCUGAACUUAGUUCGGUUGCCUACCCUUGCAAAGUUCAUCUGCAUCAGUAGGUCAAACCCAUAUUCCUUAAUAGUAGGAAGCUGAAAGCAAACACAUCCUGCCUGAGUUACUGAAAACUUUAAACCAGAGAUGUUCCAGAUGUGAUUUCAUUUAAAUCUUCCAGAAUCCCUGAGGAUGACAUCAGGUUGAGAAAAAACAGAGACCAAAACUGUGCCAAUUUUUUGGAGCCUGCUACUGUGCUUACUACAAAAGAAGAGAAAAUGGAAAUUGAAGUUCCAGUUUCUGAACAUAAAAACAUCACCACAGUGGCUUCACCACAUCCCAUAGACAGUCCAACACAUUUCUUUUCCUCUGCUGCCAGCCACAAUGGUCUUAAGGAAAGGCAUGAAUCUCUGGACAGUGAAGUUGCUAAAGAGAUCAGAUACCUAGAUGAAGUGUUGGAGGCAAAUGGCUGCGAUUCUAGUGCAGAUAAUCCCUUUAAUGGGACAUCCUCCCCUGAACCAAGUGCAGUCUCCAUUAUGGAUGGCUCAGGAGCAUCUGUUAACGUCAAUAAUAGUUCAGUUCCCAGUGAAAGGGAAGAAAAUAUAGCUGACAAGCAGACACCUUUGGUAGUUGAACCAAGUGAAGCUAGCAUAACACAUGAGAACCUGAAAUCUAAUGGCCAUUCCUUCAGUGGACUGAAAGAUGACACUAGGGAGAGUCUGAAGGUGCCAGGAAGUCCUACUUCUUCAAACAGUUCUAGAAGAUCCUCUAAGGAUGGAGAAACAACUCUUACAACCCUUAAGAAAGAGGCAAAGUUUGAACUACGAGCCUUCCAUGAAGACAAAAAACCCUCAAAGCUCUUUGAAGAUGAAGAAGAGCAGGAAAAAUACAGGGUCCGCAAAGUGAGACCGUCAGAGGAAAUGAUGGAACUUGAAAAGGAAAGAAGGGAACUUAUUAAAAGCCAGGCUGUCAAGAAAAACCCCAACAUUGCUGCCAAGUGGUGGAACCCUCCCCAAGAGAAGACCCUGGAGGAUCAAUUGGAUGAAGAGCAUCUGGAGUCCCACAAGAAGUACAAGGAGCGCAAGGAGAGACAGCAGCAGCAAGGUGCAACAUCCUUUGUACCACCAGAGCCAGUCACUAUCAAGAAAGAGGAUAUUGUCACAGAGCAGAUUGACUUCUCAGCCGCCAGAAAGCAGUUCCAGCAGAUGGAGCAUUCAGGGCUGUCUCAGGGUCAGGCCCCACCGAGGCGGUCAGGAACACCCAAAAUGUUCUCUAUCAAACCCUUCUACAAAAGCCUCAAUUCUCCUCAUGUUGAUAGGCCGCUGUCCUCUGUGACAAGACCUGUUUCAGUGUGUGGACCAGCAGGACAGCUGGAGGGGAACGGUGCCACUGUUCUCAAAGCACAGAAGGACUCCUGUACCUCAGAAGAUGAUACAAGUACUCAAACUACAACUGCUGACCCAGUAAGAGAGUUGCCAUGCAGUGAUAGCUCCAGAGCUGGACAGGCCUCGAAGCUGUGGGCAGAGGAUGGAGAAUUCAUGAGUGCAAGAGCAGUCUUCACAGUGGUGAAGGAUGAUGGACAGGGCAUGCUAGACCAGUUCCCAAAGUCAGGCAGCGCCUCUUCUCCUCCAGAGGAGCUUGACUCUGGCUUGGAUGACUUGUCUGUCAGGUCUCAGGAUACUACUGUCUUGGAAACCCUUUCCAAUGACUUCAGCAUGGAUAACAUCAGUGACAGUGGUGCUUCCAACGAGACCAUGAGCGCCCUGCAGGAAAGCUCGCUGGCUGAUUUCUCCCUGCCACAGACCCCACAGGCUGACACUCCAGCAGAGUGCAGGGGUGAAGGCAUCUCUAAGUCAUUCGGCGACCCAGGGUGUGACUCGCCCUCCUCUGCCUUGGCGGACUCCAUGCUGAUUGAUGACCAGCUGGAAUACCAUGCUGGCCUGCUGGUUCACAACGCCAUCCAACAAGCCAUAGCUGAGCAGGCAGAUAAAGCAAGCUGCAGGAAAGAAGAAACCCCAGUGGAGAAGGAGGUCUUGGUCAAAGAGCAGCUGUCCACCACUGGGCCAGCUCCAGCCUCCAAGGGGCAGCAGAACCCAAUGUUUGAGCCACCCCAGGUCUCCUCACCUGUCCAGGAAAAAAGGGACACCAUACCAAAGAUUUCAAAAGAGGAAGACUCAGGACUCAGGGAAGGGAAGAGUUUGCAGCAGUCUCCUGUGUACUCAGCCAGCCAGCCAUUCCUUGUGGAGGAGAACAGGCACGAAGUCAGCUAUUUCAGCAAGUAUUCAGAGGCAGCUGAGCUGAGGAGCACAGCCUCCAUCCUGGCCAUGCAGGAAUCUGAAGUGACCGUGGGCCCUUUCAAGUUACGGUCAAGGAAGCAGCGGACUUUAUCAAUGAUAGAAGAAGAGAUUAGAGCUGCCCAACAACGAGAAGAGGAGCUGAAGAGGCAGCGUCAAGGUCUGCAGAUGGCACCAAGCCCUGUUGUAAAGAGCGCACCACCCAUGCCCACCACCAGAACCGUGUCCUACAAAACUGCACCAGGAAAGAUAGAGAAGAUCAAGCUUCCUCCAUCUCCCACCACAGAAGGCCCUGUCUCACAAUCUGACCCACCACCUGAGGAGCCUGCAGGAGCCCAGCGACCCAAGAACUUAAUGCAAACCCUCAUGGAGGAUUACGAAACACAUAAAACCAAGAGACGGGAAAGGAUGGAUGACAGCAGUGUCCUUGAAGCAACCAGGGUGAACCGCAGAAAGAGCGCUCUGGCACUGCGUUGGGAAGCUGGCAUUUAUGCCAACCGGGAGGAAGAUGAAUGACCACACUGCAGUGUGAAGACAGUGACCAGGCACACCAAAACCAAAAAAAAAAAAAAGAAAAAAUGAGAAAGGAAGAAAAAAAAAACCCAACAAAACCCAAACACAAAAAAGCACCAUGAAAGCAGCAUCAUUUUAGUCCAAUAUUUAUUAAUUAAAUACACAACAAACUUGAUGCACAUAGACACAGAAAUGAUCAAACUCCUGGCAAUCGUUUAAUAACAGGAAAACACCCACCUAGAAAAUAUGCCCUCUUCCUUCCCUCCAUCCCCCCUCUGAAAUAAUUCAGUGGGGAGGGUGCACGGGAUGGGAAUGUAUGGCUGGAGGUCGGUGUGGAGGAGCCUGCGGCCAGGGUUCAUGCCCUUCUUCCCGCUGGCUCAGUUGACAGCCCUGCCUUGCCCCUGGGAUCACCACCCCCAGAGCAGCUCGUCAGACACUUCUGCAGUUCCUUCGCCAUCCACAGCGCGGCACCCAGACUGUCGGCGUUACUUCGGCGUACUCUUAUCCAGCCACAAAACGUAACAAUGUUGCCCUGUGUUGCUAUUCCUUUGAGGAGACAGAAGGAUUGGUUUUGGGAUUAGGGUGGUUUUGGAGGUGGGUGGGUUCUGCUCCCCCUUCUAGUAAUUAAUCUGUUUGAAAGGAAAAAACAAACCAACAGGGAGGUAGUUAUUGCAAAUGUACAAUCCAGUAGACACAGUAAAACAGUCCUUGUGUUGCAAACACAAGCCAUCAUAAUUCAGGAGUGGAAUAGAUGGGGAUGAGAGCUAAGCCAAAUGGAUUACCUUAACUUUAGGAUCCUAUAUGCUUGCAAUAUCACCUGAGCUACAGGUUCUCAGAGCAUAUUUACGCAACAAAGUUUCUAAAUAGAAAAUCUGUAUUUAUCGGAUAACAACUAUUUUUUGAUGGUGGGGAGGGAAAAGUGGCAUAUGUGUAAAAUCUAUGAAGAUGGGUAAUUUGAAUUCGAAAGGUAGUGGGAAAGGGAUACUGAUAAAGGACAUUUAAUUUUUAAAUGAGGCAAUAACCGAAGUAAGCCAGUCUCUGGCCUAGAAAGAGGUAUGAAAUAAAGAAGAAAGAUAGUUAGAUCUUCAACUAUAUUUAUACAACAUAAGAAGCCUUUGAAGUACAAUGCUUUGUGGAAAUCUUCACGUUUCCAGGCAACAAAAAAAAAAAAAGCUAAAGGGCAUAAUGGGUUGGAAGGAGUGUGCAAGGAAGAGCAGGCAUGGGAAGAAAACAUUAGUUUUGCCGUUCAGCCAGUGUUUUCAGUGCUACAAACCAUAGAGCCUUUAGUUACUGCUUAGACUUGGGAUCAUCAGUGAAGGAUUAGUGUGGAUCUGUGUGUGUGCGUGCAGGUGUGUGUGUGUGUGUGUGUGUGUGUGUGUGUGUGUGCAGGUGCGUGCAUGAGGUUGGCAUACUGGGACCCAUAUGGUAGUGCGUGUAGUCAUUAUUUUCUCCAAGGCUGUUUACCAGCUGUAGGCGUGAGUGCUAAUUUCUUUCUUCUUCUUUUUUUUUUUUUUCCUGAACGGGGAUAUAAAAACAAGGCACUGAGUUAAUGCAGUAUUUGUGAUAUUAAAAUUUGACCCAACAUCAUAUUUGCAUGAGUCACGAUUGCAAAGUAUUGACCAGUUUUGUAAGCUGACAAUUAGGAAAAGAAAUGUGGUAUUUAUUCUUGUGCUUUGUAUUUGUAUGUAGUGUAGAGGCUGCGGGUUUACUUUUUCUUUUCACCAAUUAAUAUUAUAGGCAUAUUUUACAACUGGGAACCAUAAUUUCUGGACUAGAAACCAACAAGUUUUGGGCGUGACAGAAAAAAGACACUGAGUGUUUUUUCUAUAUAAAAUAUUCAGUCUUUUUUAUAAACAAGUAUUAUUUUGACAUGUUUUUAAGAAACCAUUAGCCAGAUCCUCCCUUAAGCCUUUCCUUGUUUUCAUGACCUGCUGUGCUGUUUUAUCCUGAAACACUGAGCUCAUUUAAAAUAAGUACUGAUACUGUGAACAUAUUUCUGGUGCUUUUCUUAAACAAACACAGAGCUUGCAACCAAAUUAUUCCCCACACCACCACCUCCCCACUUCAAUUCCUCCAGCAUGUGAUUUCUGUCCAUGGACACUUAACAUUUUGAGGCUCAUUUUCAGGGAAUUGUAGCAAGUACAAUUACAUAUACCUGUUAACUCAGUUCUGUCAGUUGUCUCCCUAAGUGCUAUUGAAUACAAUACAGAAGAGUGUUCACUGUGAUAAGGGCAGCAAGCUUAUCUCAAGGAUGCUCUCUAAACCCAGGUGCAUGGCAAAGCACCCUAUGAAGGAAUUAUAUUCCUAAUGAAGUGGACCCUUUGUUCAGACAUGGUAACCGACAGAUGUGAUUCAUGCCUGACUAUACGAAAAGCACCACCACCAGUGCAGCACUGUAGUGAGACUGUACGUCGUGGAGCCUUCAUGAGCUCUGUGCAUCUGUACCAAGAUUACCAAGAGGAGUCCUGGCUCCCUCCACCCUUGGAGAGAGUUUAAGUGAGACUGGGAAAAAGGGUGUUUCCUGAGUAGAAGAGGUGACCCCUGCACUUGCAGUGAGGUGGUCUUGCACCAAACAAUGGUGUUCAGAGUUCCCCCAGUAUUGCCUUGAAACCAGGGCAGCCCUGCGCUGCCUUCCCUAGAACCUGCAUCUUUAUUUUGUUUAACCUGGAGGCCUGUUUCCCCUCCUGCUCUCUCACUGGAAGCCAGUGGCAUUGAUCACCCAUCACAAGACAUCCCUUCAAACUUUGCCACAUCCUCCCCUCCCACCACAAUCAGCCGUGAGUCUUUGAAGUGAAAAUUAAAUGGUUCCCCUAGAAAGGGGAUGUGGUGAUGGGGAGAGACCAGGCAGGAGUCCUCUGCACCAGAAACAUCUACUUUUGGCCCCUGUGACAAAAGUAUUUGCAUAUAUCGGUCCAGGAAGGCCAAACUUUCACCCAGCAGAGUUUUGUUCUCUUCCAGAAAUUAUGGACAUGCAUAGUCAGCAGCACACAUUCAGCGCUGUGGUAACACGAGUGCGAUGCAGUUUACUUGCCUCUGUUAUUUCAUUUGCAUGCUACCAAGCUUAGGUGUUUAUAAGUAUACGGCAGUAAUGCAUAUCUAUAUAACUAUCAAAUGCAACAAGAGCACUAUUACAGAGUUUACUUUGUCUCCACAAAAGCGGCCAGAUCCUUUCCCGUGGCAAAGACUGGUUUUAAUUAAACUGUGUAUUGAGAAAUAGUUAAGCAUUAGCAUUUGUGAUUAUAAUCAGUUUGGAGUUACAGUACAGGUUUUCUGAACAAUUUUUUUUAAAAGCUGCCAGUUUGAGCUUCAUCUUGCUCUGUACUGACAUUAUCUGAAGGAAAAUACAGUAGCAUUGAUAUGUUUGGCAACCAAAAGGCAGCUUCCUUUUCAUGACUUAUCAACCAGUUUCAACAGUACCUGGCUUUCUGUAUGUUAACCACUUAAAUGUUAUCCUGCUUCUGUUUUAUAGUGACUGUGAGGCAUACAAUGCAAGUAUAUAAUUAUUUUCUCAUUAAAACAGAAACCUGUGUUGUGUUUCUAUAAA